UUGUCAUUUGUCAAUUAAAUAAAGUCAACAAUUAAUAGUGUUGGAAUGUAAGAAAAGUACAAAAUUAAACAGAAAAAGGUUAAUAUUUACAAUUCAUGGUCCAUGAUAAUGAUUGAAUCUUCAAUGCUCUGUUAACACUCAUACAUUUAAACACCAUCAACUCACCUUGAAACACAAAUAUUAAAUGAAAAACAAAAAGAUGAACAAACAAACAAAAAAGUUGAAUCAAAUUAGUUAAUUUACAAGAAACAAGAAAAACUGAAAAAAGCAAAAAACUGAUUCAAAAUAUGAGAAACUGAAAGUUGAAUGUAAAAUGUUUCAACUAAUUAUAAUUUAUUAUGAUUAUAAGCUCAGUAAACUAGAGAUACUAAUUAUAAUUACAACUUAAAACAUGUUGAAUCGACUCAAAAGGAAUUGAUCAGAUAAAUUGAAACUCUUGCCUUGAGUUUCCCAUUGGUUCAAAGGCACAGUAAACAAAGAAGAGACUUGAAACAAACUAGAAGCCUUUCAAUAGAUAUGAUUCAUAAUGCGCAGGAAUAUCUUCCAAAUCAAUAUUAUUAUCAUGAAGAUGAGAAUGCUUAUCAUAGAGACAGAAAGAGACACAGAGAGAGAGAAAAGGUAAACAUGAUAAAAAUGAUGAACUUUCAUCAAUGAGCAUAAUCACAGAGACAAAGUUGCCUGAACACUGUUAUCAUCAUCAUCAUCCUAUAAGAUAGUUCAUUCACCAAUCUUGAUUCAGUUGGAUAACAUUCCUAUUUCUGUAUGUAUCACUCCCAUGGCCUUCAACCAAACCUUAUAAAGAUAUAAAAAUAUUAUGCAUUCAAAUUACAACUAUUACAAUCACUAUUACAAUUGAGAUUGAGUGGUCAGCGAGAUUCAUCUAAAUUCAGCGAAAUUUCAUUUUGUCGUUAAAAUGUUACCGUUAUGGCCUUUGACUUCAAAUUGAUAAACUGUAAACUCAUCUUGUGUCACCAAUAAAGUGAAACUUCAUCUCAUCGCCCAAUCAUCAAAAUUACAAAAACUAUCAACAGGUUCGAUCAUAUGAAUGCUCAAAAGAUAUUUAUAAAGGUUUCAAUCGAUGGAAGGCCAAUGGGAGAAGAAUUUGCCCAAAAUUCCAGUUCCAAAUUUGAAAGAUACUCUGGAUAGAUAUUUGGCUCAUCUUAAAGUUGUCAUUCCCAGCAGUCAAUAUGAACAGACUCGUAAAACUGUUGAUAACUUUGAAUCAACUGGAAUUGCCGAUAAGUUGCAGAAAUUGUUGACUGAAUUAGCCGAGAAGAGUGAAAACUGGGCUAAUCAAUUCUGGUACGAUGAGAUGUACUUGAACAAUCCACUUCCACUUCCAGUUAAUUCAAGUCCAUUCUGUUUGUUUCCGAAGCAAAAUUUUCGAUCAACUCUUGAUGUCCUUCGCUAUUCAGCUCGCAUUGUGGCAUUUACCCUGCAAUUCAAGGAACAGAUAGACAAGGAAUCGCUGAGUCAAGACUAUGGAACUGGAUUAGCCAAAGGCCAACCUUUAUGCAUGCAAACUUAUCGAAAUUUUUUUGGCGCAACUCGAAUCCCAGGUAAAGACAAGGAUCAUUUGAUUUUCAAUGAAACAACUCAUGAGAAUCACAUAAUUGUGGCCUCCAGAAAUCAGUUUUACAAAGUAAAUCUUGGUAAAGGUUAUCAAGUUAAUGAGGAUCAUUUGGUUGACCAAUUGAAGUUAAUUUUGUAUUCAUCCAAAGAACUGGAAUCAACAUCACCAUUAAUUGGACUGUUAACAUGUGAAAAUAGACGGACAUGGGCAACAAUUAGAGCACAUUUAAUUGAAAAGCCCAAGAAUAAAGAAUCAAUCGAAGCCUUGGAGACAUGUUUGUUUGUUCUUUGCUUGGACGACUCUGUGUUUGGCAAAUCAUCUUCAAUUGCCAGUACUCGACGAGAUUCCGUUGAAAUGGCUCGCAUGGAAACAUCAUUCAUGUCAUCCCAAUUAAUGCAUGGAGGUGGUACUGAAUUUUACUCUGCAAACAGAUAUUAUGACAAAUUCUUGCAGAUUAUCGUUUCGAGAGAUGGACUUGCUGGAAUCGUCUUUGAACACUCGGCUUCAGAAGGAAUUACUUUGAUUCGUUAUGCCGACUCCUUGCUAGAUUAUCUUGAAUCGAAUCCAAUAACACCUUUAAAUGAUAUUUCAAGGAAGGAAUCGCUCAAAAGAACAGCUUCAAAUUGUAAAAAUUCAUCGGCUCAUUUAUCAAGUAAAGAUGUUCAAAGGUUAACAUGGGAUGUUGAUUGCGUUGUUGUCUCAGCAAUCAAGGAAGCUGCCAAACGAAUUAACAAGCUUAUCCAUGAUGUUGACUUAGUUGAUCUCAAUUUUACAAUAUUUGGUAAAAAGUUCAUCAUUGAUCAGUCCAUGUCUCCAGAUGCAUUUAUCCAGCUCUCUCUUCAGUUAACCUAUUACAAAGUUCAUCGACGAUUGGUAUCAACCUAUGAAAGUGCAAGCCUUCGGAAAUAUCGUCUUGGCCGAGUUGACAACAUAAGAAGCAACACAAUUGAAGUAUUGGCUUGGGUUCGAGCUCUUUGUGAUGAGAUUCCUAAUCUAACGGAUCAACAAAAAUUGGAUCUAUUUCAAUUAGCAAUUAAAAAACAAGUGGAAAUAGCAAAAUAUACUAUUGAUGGUUAUGGACCAGAUAAUCAUCUAUAUGCACUCCAAGGUCUGGCCAAAGUGCAUAAUUUUGAGAUUCCUCUGAUUUUCAGGGAAAAAUCUUACAAAGAACAUCUCAAUUUUAAAUUAUCAACCAGUCAAUUGGUUUAUCGGAAGCUGAUUCUUGUUGGUUAUGGAGCUGUUACACCGGAAGGUUAUGGAUGUGCUUAUCGAUUAACUGAUAAUACGAUUACCUUUUGUAUUACAUCUUUCUUUUCAUCGCCGGAAACUGGAUCAAAUUAUUUCGCCUCAAGUCUUGAAGGAAGUUUACUUCAAAUGAGGGAACUUUGUCUUAAGCUUAAAGCCAAGGCAACAAGUAAAGAGUCAACUGAAGUUAAGCAAUGUAACCAAUCUACUGAUUUGGACAAUACGAUUAAAUUGAAGAUGAAUGGUGAUAAAAGUCCAAUUAAAGCAGAUAUUAAUGACUUGAACCAGGAAACUCAACUGAUUUCCAAGGAUGAAAUAAAGAUUGAUAAUGAAGUGAAAAAAUGUGAAAUUGUUAACGACUGUUCACACAACAAUACAAUCAAUUGUACACUGGCAAAGUCAAAUAACGAAACUAGUGAAAAUGGAUCAAUAAUUGGUGAACCUGAGACUGAAACUAUUGAAAUAAAGCUGGAAAUAGUUGAUAAUAAUCACAUUGAAAUAAGUUCAAGUGACAUGAAAACUAAUGAUAGUGAAACUGAUUGUAAAAAUAAGGUGCAAUAAUCAAUCAAUGAUAAUUGUAAAUAUAGUGAAACUUAAAGUGAGAGAUGAAAAAAUUUAACCACAAAAUUGUUGACAAGUUUAAAUUUUAUGAAAAACUGUUGAACCACUUGUAGAAGUAGCCAUUGUUAUUGUAUUAAUUGUCUUGUAAUUGUUACAAUUAUCACCAUCAUUUGUGUUGCAAACAAAAACGAAUCAAACUUUGUAACAUUGAACCGAAUUGUUUGAUUAUUGAUUGUCACUUGAAUCAUCUAAUUUUGUUGUCCAAAUAGUUUAAAUUAGACAAUUUAAAAUGACAAUAACUAAACAAUUUGUUUAAGUAAUUCGAGCUUUGAAGAGAAACUUCGAGAGAAAAUUUGUCAACAAAUGAAUCUCGAGACUCUUGCAAUGUAUUGAUUUAUGUACGUUUUAUUUGCUAAUGAUGAUGAUAAUGUUGAUCUGUUAAUUAUUCCUAAUCUCAUUUAGUGAUUAUGCACAUUAAUCAUAAUUAAAAAGGAAUAAUUAGUAAUUAUUGAAAGGAAUAUUUUUGUUGUCAAAAAAAGAGUUAACAAAAUUUCUAGAGAUUUAAAGAUUAUCAUUGUUAUAAUAUUGUUAUUAUUACGAGGAAAGUAAUGAUUGCUGAUUUAACUUUAAUUGAUUCAUUUAGAAAAAUUUACUCAAUGAUUGAAUCGAGUAAAUUUAAUUGACUAAAUCACAAUUAAAGGUAAACAGUAAAUGAAACUUCCCACUCACUCUGAGCACCUUUAAUGGUACUCAUCGGUUGUGUCUGAUAAAAAGUGACUUGCGUUUGAUGCAUUCAAGCAAAUUGAUUAAUUGAUUAUCACUUCAAUUAUCAACCUUGACUGUUAACUAAAUCCCUUUGGUCACUGUAAAUGAAUGUAAACCAUGAAAAAUGAUAUAAAACGCUUCAUGUAUGUUUAAGCGUUUAGUUGUGAUAAUUUUUGUCAAUCCUUCUUUUGUUCACUUUCCCAUUGUAAAAUAGCUUUAACUGUCAAUUCACUUAAAUCAAUCUUAACUACUCAUACAAUUUAAAGUGUGCAACAAUUAACUGACUGUAAAUGAAGAAGGUAACAAGAAAAUUGAGCUUUGCUUCACAAAAUUUGGUGAUAUUGAUGGAGAUAUUUAUGAAGAUUUUGAAGCAACAGAUUUUGGUUUCAUUGUUUCUGUUGCUGUUAUCUUAAUAUUACCAGAUUUUGUGAUUAAAGGUAAGCUUAAUUUUCUUGUUACCUCCUUCGUUUGCAGGCUGUUAAGUGUUACACCCUUUAAUUGUCUGAUUUAAAUUGUACUUCAAGAUUGUAAUUGCUUGUAGCUCAACUAAUCUCAAAUCAACUCUACCAAAGCUAUCAUUAUGCAUCUUAUUGAUGGUACUUAAAAUACGGCCAAUUUACAACUUUAAGAUGAUAUUAUUGUAAUCAUGCAAUUAGAUUGAUUGAACACGAUUUGUCUAUGAGCAAAUUAAUCGAAAUGUAAAUCGACUAAAUUAUGUAUGCUGUUAUACAUGAUGUAUUCAUCUUUGAUUUGCUUUGAUUAUUGAUUGCAUUCACUGCAAUAUUUACUGUUUUAAUAGAGAGGUAAAUAAAAUUGAAGUUGAUAAAAGG